AUGAAUUACGAAUUUGGGCGAGAAAGUGGUUUUAUCAACAGCCAGCCGUCGCUUGCUGAGUGCCUGACAUCUCUCACUAACCCUGUCGGUGAUGCAUUUCAAAGUUCAUCAAUCAAGAGCUCGGCGCUUUCACCGUCGACACUGAUUCCUCCUCCUUUUGAGCAGACUAUCCCCAGCCUGAACCCGGGCAGCCACCCACGCCACAGCCGCUCAAAGCAGGCUCUGAAUGGCUGCAGCCCGCUGCAGGCUGCAUCCGUACCACCGGAGUACCCAUGGAUGAAGGAAAAGAAGAGCAUCAAGAGAAACCAGACUGCUGCUGCUGCGACACCGACUGACUCCUCUCCACUCUACUUCUCCCCCCAAGACAUACCAGAGAGUGCCGGUGGCGGUGGCGGAGGGGCAUCCCGGAGGUUGAGGACCGCGUACACCAACACCCAGCUUCUGGAGCUGGAAAAGGAGUUUCAUUUUAACAAAUAUCUGUGCAGACCGAGGCGAGUGGAGAUAGCGGCUUUACUGGAUUUGACAGAGAGGCAGGUGAAAGUGUGGUUUCAGAACAGGAGGAUGAAGCACAAGAGACAAACGCACUGCAAGGAGAAUAGGGACAGCGAGGGGAAAUAUGCGUGCACCGGCAUGGACGACGGGCCGGAGGACGAGUUUGAGCAGGCGGCAAACAGCAGCGUGUCCGGGACGCUUUUGGAGAACGAGAGGUAUUUCCACCAAAAUACCUUAACUUCACAACAGUCCCAGAAUGGGCACAAUGGAGAUAACCAAAGCCCGGCUGCAACGCAUUUACACAGCAAUGACAAAAAUCUGAAACAUUUUCCAAACCCGUCACCCACUGUUCCUAUCUGCGUGUCAACAAUAGGCCCGGACAAUGAUAAUUCCCUCGGCCUGGACGUCUCUUUGCAGGAUUUCCAAGUUUUCUCAUCCUCCUCCUCUUUCUCUCCAAGUUUGUCAGAUUCAGUACACAGUCCCAUGACUUCAGCAACUGAAAGUUUUGACCUUUUCUCAGAAACGCUCACAACAAUCGACCUGCAAAACUUGAGCUAUUAAACUUCCAUCAGCUACUUUUUUAAAAUUUUAUUUUAUUUUUACAUUCAAGACUUCUGUGUACUCCGUGUAGUCAGUUUUAGCGUGGGGGGAAAUCAUUUCUAGAUCUCUAAAAUAAGGUAAGUUGAAGAAAAAUAACAA